AAGUUCCAGCCAUCAAACCAAGCGUACCUCUGCGUUUUUUUUUAUAUCAUGGCUGGUCUAAUGUUGGAGUUUUAGAAUAAUUCUCUGUACAGGAGUCCCCAAAGUGAAGGAGAGUAAAAAAAAUUGAAAUCAAUGAGUUAGUUAGUCGUUGAAGUGCAUUCGAAGGGUUCAGACGCUUUUAACGGUUAAAUUCGAAAAACAAAUUGUAACGGAAAACACUUAGCGCCGGUUCUUGUGUGAAUUGUAUUGUGAAGUGAAAAAGUUUAAAACAGCUCUGGGCAAGAGUGGAAGACAAUAAUUGCUCUCGUUCUGUCCAUUGACAGUGUGUGUAUUUUGCGCAGAUUAUAAAAUAAAUAAUAAUAGACCACAUUAAAUCGUUGUUUUUCCUAAUAAUUGCCAAUAAUUUGAAUUGCGGAUUUUUUUUUUGGAUUUCCCCCGCUUAUUACAAUGCUGUGUGCAGUGAACACAAUUCAUGGUCAUCAUCUGCAUUUAUGGCAAAUUUUCACUUUCCUAACAAUUGGAUUAUUUGCAGCUGCAGGAAAGUGUGAAGGUGGUGAAUUUGAAAGACUCGUCGUUCCUGGAACCUAUGGCAAGCAACGGGAUACAUCUCCAGCCAGUUCUGGACAACAGGGGCGCUCCUAUAACCCCCGAGCUUAUUAUGAUGCAAAUACUGAGUGUUCGGUGGGCACAGAAUGUACACCACUGCAUGAUUGUACGGCCAUGAUCUAUGAGGUGGCCAAAAUGUGUUACUACGGUGAUAAGUCAUUAUUCUGUGGAGGCGGCGAGGAAAUGCCCUAUGUCUGUUGUCCUAGUAGUCCGCUGGAGAAGAAUCAAGUUUGUGGCAAGUCUUUGGUGCAAGGACAUUUCUAUCGUGGUCUGGGUACAUAUCCAUUUGUGGCGAGAAUAGGAUUUAAACACAUCAAUACUGGAGCUUUUGCAUAUCCCUGUGCUGGCUCGGUUAUAGCUAGGCGAGUCAUUUUAACUGCCGCCCAUUGUGCUUUGGCCAAAGCCGAUGGUCAUCGUUUAUCUUCAGUGCGUGUGGGUGAAUAUGACACUUCUUCGGACCCAGAUUGUGCCAGUACAGGAUUUUGUGCACCACGCUCCGUGAAUCACGCCAUUAGCCAUGUCAUUGUGCAUCCCGAUUACAAACAGGGUCAAUAUCAUCAUGACAUAGCCUUGUUGGUGUUGAAAACUCCUCUCAAUUAUUCGGUGGCUACCCAGCCCAUAUGUCUACAAAAGACUCGCAAUAAUUUGGUGGUGGGCAAGAGAGCCACCAUCGCUGGUUGGGGUAAGAUGUCCACUUCGAGUAGUCGGCAACCGGAAAUGUCUUAUCUGGAUGUGCCUUUGACAAGUUGGGAUUUGUGUUUGCGUAAUUAUGGCUCCACAGGAGCUUUAGAGUCUCCCAAUUCAAUAGAAGGACAAUGGAUGUGUGCUGGUGGGGAGGGUAAAGAUGUGUGCCAAGGAUUUGGAGGUGCUCCUCUAUUCAUACAGGAGAAUGGUAUAUUUUCACAGAUUGGUAUCAUGUCCUUUGGCUCUGAUAAUUGUGGUGGUUUGCGUAUACCCAGUGUUUAUACUUCGGUAGCCCACUUUGCUGAAUGGAUUCAUGAUAAUACACCGCCUGAAUAGAUUUUCUAUGGUAUUUGAUUUUUUUUUUGUAAUUUGCAAUGAAAAGUUUGAAUAACCUAAGAUAAGUUUGAGUGUAUAAUUUUAAGAUUUUUUUAAAAUUAUUUUUUUAUAAAAAGACUUAAAUGUCUUUAUUGUGAUGAAUGCAUUCAAUUAUAUUAUUAUUAUAUAUAUUUAUAUUGAAAAAAAUAAAAUAUUUAAUUCGUUAAAA